CUGAGAGGCAGACAGCACAUUGGGAAAUCAUUUUCAAAGAGGCCAAAGGGCUCUUCUUCUGCAGCCAGCAGCAACACCCCUCAGCCAGAGAAACACAGCAGCCAUGACAGAGAGACGUAUUCCUUUCAGCCUGCUCAGCACCCCCAGCUGGGACCCAUUCCGUGACUGGCAACAAAGCCGGAUCUUCGACCAGACCUUCGGCAUGCCGGCGCUGCCCGAGGACUUCACCACAUUCCCCAGCACCCACUGGCCGGGGUACAUGCGGCCCUCCAUCCUGGCCUCGGACAUGGCCACCAUGGGCCAAAUGAGCCCAAUGGGCACCAUGAUGCCCCACGCCCCCAUGAUGACCCACUCCCCCAUGAUGCCCCACACUCCUAUGAUGUACCAACCGCCCAUGAUGGCCCAGCAGGCUCGUGCCCUGUCCCGACAGAUGAGCAGCGGCAUGUCAGAGAUCAAGCAGACCCAAGACAGCUGGAAGGUGUCCCUCGAUGUCAACCACUUUUCACCUGAGGAGCUGGUGGUGAAGACCAAGGACGGCGUGGUGGAGAUCACUGGAAAACAUGAGGACAGGAAGGACGAGCAUGGUUUUGUGUCCAGAAGCUUCACCAGGAAAUACACCCUCCCCUCUACAGCCAACAUUGAGAAGGUGGCUUCCUCCCUGUCUCCUGAGGGGGUGCUGACCGUGGAGGCUCCUCUGAUCAGACCGGCCAUCGAGUCCUCAGAGACCAUGAUUCCUGUCAAUGUAGACAACAAAGGGGGCAUGGUCAAGAAGUAGAAGGACAAGCAGUGCAGUGUCUCCCACAUAAACACAUACUUUAUGUUUUACAAACCGCUUCUAGAAAGGUGGAGAAGCAGCUUAUCACUCCCUUCCUAAAGCAGGCUUGUUCACACGCCAGAGAGAGGGAAGCAAGGGAUUGCCCUUGCUUCCCUCUCUCCCCUCCGUCUCUGGUAAUGAGCCAACCCCAGCUGAGUGCACAGUGUAAACACAUCUGCAGUAGUGCCAUAUGCCUGCUCUUUCUGCUGUAAUUACACUCUUCAUCUGAAAUCUCAGUUUAGCCCCGCUCACAGCAUUCUUUCUCUCUCUCCCUCACUUACACACACAUACUCCUUUCUCUUUUCGGGGGAGUAAAUUCGCUCAAUGCAGCCUCUACAGACAAACUAAAGAGAACAGUAAAGCGGACUGUAGUAGCAGUGAUGUUGUAAUUUAAACAACCAAGGUCCCAGGAGAGCAUGCAUUCUGUGCAGAGUGCAGAAUGUUGCCUGUUAGCGUACGCAGUGUGGGAUUGGACUGGAUGUAUCUGCAAACUAAGCAGUCAUGCAAACAUAGAAUAAAGAAAAUAAACAAUA